GUGUCUAUGUACGAAAUCUGAAAAUAACCAAAGCCAAGGUAGUUCCCUUGGCAUUUGGCCUGUGUUUGUGUUGUGUACGUCUUGUUUCUCUUUGUAGUGACUUUUGUUCCAGUCCUUGAGACGAUCCGCUGUUAUCAGUCUUCUCUAUCAUCUCAGUGACCACAAGUCUUUGUUCAUUCACCAUGAGAGGUUAGGUGACAGGUACUGUUUGUAACUCCAUGCCACUGUGCUCCGCUGGACGGCAAAAUGUCUGAUGAACCAUCAGACUUUCUAGAUGACAAUAAUGCAGGACUCAUCAAUGCGUCAAGAAACAGAGAAACUGCUUAUGGUACAACAUCCUUAAGUCAGCCCUCUGUAGUCGAUACAAAUGACACCAUCAAGGCCCGCUUCGUGGUGGGCUUCAUGGGGUUUUUGGGCUUGGCGCUUGUGUAUGCUAUGCGUGUCAAUUUAUCAGUUGCGAUUGUGGCUAUGGUGAAUUCUACGACUACUGAUGACAAUACAACCAUCAGCGAUGUCUGUCCACGUCCUCCAAGCCCAGAUCCUAACCCUGAACCUAAAUCUCGUGGAGAAUUUGAUUGGGAUGAACGUACUCAAGGACUUAUUUUGGGCUCAUUUUUUUAUGGCUAUGUCCUCACUCAAGUACCUGGUGGUAGGUUAGCAGAGCAGUAUGGUGGGAAGCGUAUUUUUGGAUGGGGCAUUUUUUUUACUGCUCUGUUCACUAUUCUAAGUCCUCCUGCUGCACGAAUGGGACAAGGCUACUUUAUUUUCAUCCGAAUCCUGGAAGGUUUGGGAGAGGGUGUUACCUUCCCAUCUAUGUGUGCCAUGUUAGCCAGGUGGAUUCCUCCUCUAGAAAGAAAUACUUAUGCCGCCGCUGUUUAUUCUGGAUCCAACUUUGGCACAAUAAUAGCCAUGCCACUCUCAGGAUACUUGGCUUCAGUUACGUGGAUGGGUGGGUGGCCACUGGCAUUCUACGUAUUCGGCGGUUUGGGUAUCAUAUGGUCCAUUGUGUGGUGGCUGGUGAUCUAUGACUCACCUUCCACGCAUCCAAAAAUCAGUCCUCAAGAGAGAGACUACAUUCAGGCUUGCUUGGGACCUGAGAAUGCACAAAGCAAGGAUGACAGUGACUUUCCGUGGGUAGAAAUAUUCUCCUGCACCCCAUUUUGGGCUAUCAUGGUGACACAAUGUGGAAUGGCUUGGGCAUUUUACACUCAGUUGACUGAGAUGCCGACCUACAUGAGUAACAUUUUGCACUUCAGUUUGCAAGCUAAUUCUGUGUUGACAUCUGUGCCUUAUCUUACAUCUUGGAUCAGCAGCUUGUGCUUCAGCAGAGUUGCUGACUGGCUGAUUGCAAAAGAGUACCUAACUCCUGUGGCCUCUUUCAAAAUAUUCAAUUCAUUUGCGUCUAUCGUUCCAUCUAUUGGUUUUAUUGGAGCUGCAUUGGCUGGAUGUGACCGCCAGGCAGUCAUAAUAAUCAUGGGUAUUAGUGGUGCGUUUGUUGGUGCCCAAUAUGCUGGUAACCAAAUGAACCAUGUUGCACUGAGCCCAAGAUAUGCUGGCACAAUGUAUGGAAUGACUAAUGGAGUGGCCAACCUUUGUGGAUUCCUUGCCCCAUACACAAUUGGCUCAAUUAUUGACAAAAAUGAAACUGUGUGGAGAUGGCAACUUGUAUUUUUCUUAGCGGCAGCUGUGAAUAUAACAACAAACAUUGUGUAUGUGUUUCUGGGUUCUGCUGAGGAGCAACCUUUUAAUCGCCCACAUCCUCAUCCAAAGCAAAACUACGACGCAGAAAUUGAUGGACAGACAGAACCUCUUCUUGGUACACCAGAAGUUGUAUAUAGAUAGGACAAAAAGAACAGCCCCAAGAGUGAGGCUGUGACGAAUAAUUAGUGAAUUGGGUUGUUUUCACAUCCUCACACUCAUUCAUUGGUAGGUUUUGUGAGUCUUAAAGGCUGACAAGAUGUCAUUUGACAUAAAUUAAAUUUUAAUAGAUAACUUGUCAUAUUUGUAAACAAAUAUUUAGAACUUAUGUUAUGACAUGUGAUAUUUUGUAUUUUAAAUACUGUCUCAAGUAUGUAUUUAAUUCUGCAAGUGGACAUGUAAUAAAUCAUUCCAUUGAGGAAUUUGAGCUGAAUUUGUGAAUUCCAAAGUCUAAGUAUAUACUGGUUUAAUACUGGUAAAUAAGUUUUUCAACUUUGUUAUUGUGAUCAAUGUAUUUCUCAAUUUUAUGUUUGCUUGAGUAGACUACAACAGCAAGUGGGCUGUCCAUGUUAGGCACAAUUGACUUUAUCAAAUCCUAUGGAUAAUGUUAGCAGUAUUGAUGAGAUGUAUUUUCCUGUUAAUUUUACCAUAUUGUAAGGUGCAGCAGCAAACAGCAUAUGCUAGAAGUAUUUCAUAGCUAAUUGAUAAGUGUUUGUCUACUUAUAUGGUGUUAUAAGUGUUCGCUGACGUAGCACAGACAAGCAGUUAUUUGUUCUUGAAUCUUUCUCAACGACCAGAAACUGUACUGUCGAAAUUUGUAGAGGGGAAAAACUAUGAGUUUUAAAGGGUUCUCCUAGUUAUUGCAGGUAUAUGUUAUGCUGUGAUAUUUUAUGUGCUUUGCUGUGAUGUUGGAGUGGGAUAUCAAUGUACUAUGAGAUUUACAUAUCACUUGAAUGUUGACCAGAGUUUGAAUUAUUUUGAUUGUAUGGAGCUACAGUUCUAUCGUACAUAUGUUCUUUGGUGCUCUCACCUUCUGAACAUUGCAUGACCUUGUAGAUAGUCCUUAUUGAAAUUUGCAAAAUUAUUUGUAUCUCAUUACAAUUGCUCAGACCUCUAUGCAGGUUCAUCAUUGAUAUUUUUGUCAAUUAGGCCUACAUUUUGGUCUUGCAUAUAUUCUUCUGCCUAUUCAUGCAGGAUGUUGCGAAUGUUCCUACUGGGAUUUGUGAAAUGCAUUUUCUUGGCCGCCUGUAGGUUUUUGACCACGUGUAGUGUUUUGAUAAUCAAUAAUUGUUUUAAGUGAUCUUGAGGUCAUAUUGGCUUCACACUUGUCAAGCUCUCUUGACACAAGCUUAAAUCUCAGUCAAUUAAUGAAUGAAGUACUCUCUGACCUUA